AUGCAAGCAAUCCCGUCCACUUACCACCAAUGCAUCAAGUUUCCCGGUACAGACGGCACAAAUAAAACGUUGCGAUUAGAUCAGAAGGCCGCUCGAGACCUAUUGAUUGCCACUGUUAAGCUCCAACAUUCUUCUCUACCUGUCAACUCUGUCUCUCCCCCGAUCUCCAAAGUUUGUCCCCAGAAAGACGAAGUUCUUGAGUUGCCCAUCGACGACACGGACCCGAACCGAACGGCACGAAUCGGUGCAUAUCUAUCUGAGGAUAUGCAGCGGUCGAUCCUCGACUUCCUCAAGGAGAAUGUAUCUACGUUCGCAUGGUCCAUGGCGGACAUGAAAGGAAUUGAUCCAGCGAUAACAACGCACGAGCUUAUUGUCGACCCAACCUUCAAGCCCAUUCGACAAAAGAGACGAAAGCUUGCAAACCCAGUGGUGGUCAAGAAGAAGAACGGGAAGUGGCGCAUCUGCGUCGACUUCACCAACCUAAAUAAAGCCUGCCCAAAGGACAGCUACCCUCUUCCCAAUAUUGACCGUCUAGUCGCAUCCACCGAUGGAAAUGAGAUGCUCACGUUCAGGGAUGCUUUCUCCGGAUACAAUCUGAUCAUGAUGCACCCUGAUGAUCGCGAGAAAACAGCCUUUAUCACAGAUAGGGGAACCUACUGCUAUAAGGUCAUGUCGUUCGGCUUAAAGAACGCAGGGGCAACUUACCAACGACUCGUGAACAGAAUGUUCGUAGAUAAGCUGGGCGACACCAUGGAAGUAUACAUUGAUGACAUGCUUGUUAAGUCACGCCGCCGAUCACCUCCGCCAUCUACGAGAUUGCUUCGAAACUCUCAACAAUUUAUCUGGGACGAGAAGUGCGAAGAAGCAUUUGCUCAACUCAAACAAUACCUGACUACACCGCCUGUACUCGUCAAGCCGGAUGUCGGGGACGUUCUAUCCCUCUACGUCGCGGUAUCCCCCGCAGCAGUCAGCAGUGUUCUAAUAAAGGAAGACCGCGGCGAGCAAAAACCAAUCUUCUACACAAGCAGGCGUAUGACAGGCUUAGAAACGCGAUACCCAACUCUGAAGAAGAUGGCGCUGGCCGUCGUCGAAGCGGCAAGAAAGCUCUGCCUGUUUUUUCAGUCACAUUCGGUGGAGGUACUGACCGAUCAGCCCCUCCGAACAAUACUCCAGAACACCAACAUGCAAGGAAGACUAACGAAGUGGGCUAUCGAACUCGGUGAGCUUGAUAUCACUUACAAGAACCGAACGGCAGCAAAGUCCCAGGUCCUUACGAAUUUCUUAGUUGAGCUGGCUCCGGAACUGGAGCAAGUCCUCACACUCCUGAACCCAAACUGGACCCUUCAUGUUAACGGAUCUUCAACCAACAAGGGCGCAGGGGCCAGGGCAGAAUAUGAAUCAUUGAUCGCUGGACUCCGCUUAGCCAAAGCUGUCAAGGCCAAACGUCUAAGCGCCUACUGCGACUCACAGCUGGUCGCCAGUCAGUUCAGCGGCGACUACGACGCCAACAACGACCGAAUGGAUGCUUACCUCAAGAUAGUCCAAGGGUUAGCAGCAGAGUUAGAAUUCCUCAAACUCAUCAAAGUCCCCAGAGGAGAGAACGUCUGCGCCGACGCCCUGGCAGCCCUUGGCAGCAAGCUUCGAGAUCAGGUUAAACGAACCAUCCCAAUACACCGAAUUGAGAAGCCAAGUAUUGACACCUCAACCGACCAAACGGUCACCGUGGCCCCGAUCACCGACCGCGGGACUAGUCACCAGACCACCACGACAUACAUCAAAGGGUUCGACCCCGACUGGAGGACGGAGUUCAUCGACUAUCUUAGCAGGGGAGAGCUCCCAGCUGAGAAAUGGGCUGCACGCCGACUAAAAACAUGCAGUGUCCAUUACGUCGUCUUAGAUGAUGAACUCCAUCGAUGGACCGCGAGUAAAGUACUCCUCAAGUGCAUUCAUUGCGACGAAACUGUAAGAGUUAUGGCCGAAACACACGAGGGCGCCGGAGGCAACCAUUUAGGCGGACAAGCCUUGGCAAUCAAAGUGUGA